UAGCAAUCAUUGACGUAACGUUUCGGUUUCGUCUACGACCUACCUAUAUGUCAAUCUGAACAAGUCAUCGUUUCCGUGCAUGAGAGGCGGGAAGGAAAGGCAAGUCUUUCGAAGUCUGUGACUCCGUACCUGUGUUGGCUUCAGAGCAAUGGAAGUCGAUUCAGGAGAAGCUAUUGCAGCUAUUCCACUGUUGCAUAGCAAUGAAUUCAAGUUGCUACAGGCAUACUGCGCCUGGCGGAGGAAGGGGUCGAGAAGAAGACUCACUGGUCAGUCGCCCGUUGCUUUGAAGACCGAGCCCCUCACUUUCCAAAGCAGAGCAGUCCAAAAUAGUACCGCGAGGAUUGCAGUAGGAUCAAGUUUGAGGGUGAAGAAUGCACAUGCACAAGGAUCAAGUGGGGAUGACCUGGGCAGUGUGGCUGACAAACUCACCCAGAUCGCAGACAAUGUAGGUCUCGUCCCUGACGAUCUAGUGACUGACAGUGGCGAUGAUGUUAUCCAGAGACUGGUUGAACUCCUGAAGGUAGCUGGGGACGAAUUGGAUGCAGAGCUUAAGAAGAACCCAGCACUGGUCCAACAGCUCCAAGGGUCCUUCUCCUAUGGCUUAUUUGAGAAGAUAACCAGGACCUUCGUGGACUGUGCUGUCCCCUCACGGGCUGGCAGCACACAGAGCACCCAGCAGGCCCAGAUAGCCAUGACCUGUGAGGUGACCAGCAGGCUCUCGGCACUGGACCUGCACCCCAUGAACCGGAUCAUGGGCUUUGGAGCCCAGUUCCUGCAGCAGAACUUUUCUGGCUGGGUGCGACAGUCUGGAGGCUGGGAGAAAGCUUUUAAUGGACCGUACGAUGAAGACGAUGAAGUCCAGUGAGACAAGGAGCGCUAUAUUUCUGCUAUUUAAUGAUCCAAAGUUGUGCCAUAAGUGUAGAUUAUUACCUUUGUCCUAAAAUGGUCAGACUUAAUAUAACCAAGAGGUUUUAUUUUUGAUGCAAAACGUAAAUUCAUGUGAUCAGCUGUUUUAUACACCAGAGAAUGACAAAUAUUUCAGAUUCAAUGUUAUAUUCACAAUACAUCCUAGUAUGAAUGUUUGAUCAAACAUAGACUUUUUGCAUGUGAUAAAACAUAUCUGAUCAUCACACUUUAUCUUAAAUACAUUUAAUUAAUAUAUUAUUUGUAAUACUUCUGACAGCAUAUUUUUUUACUAUUCGCUUUUGGGAAAAGUUUUUACACUCUGUUGCAAUGGACUGUGACUUUUGCAUGUGCAUCAUGAUUCAAAGAAAACCCUAUUUAAAAAAAAUACCACUGUAGAUUUGUAACAGAUAAAGUUACAACAGUUGAUAAUGUUGGAGGACUUAUUCAGAUGUAGGUUAACACUUUAUUCACUGUGUAUAUGAGGACAUUUAACAUGCCAGGAUAAGCUAGGCGAUGACUUUGUAAAUUAUUUCAAUUUUAGAACUGUAUUUACCUCUCAGGAUGGCAGUGUGUUUUUGUUUUUGACUGAUCUGUCAUGUGACAGCACAACAUGAUUGACACAUAGUAGACUUAAUUUAACAUGCUCUGAGCCAUUUUCAUCUUGAUGGGUUUUAAAGGUGAAGAGCUCACAUUCAGUACCCGGUAUGCAACAGUGUGUUGACAUCUGUAGUUGGUGCUCGUCUUAAGAAGGAAACCAACAUUGUACAAGCUUCUGCAAUGACAAUUAUGAACAUUACCACUGGCCUCACACUGAAAUAGCUAGGUCUGAGUGUUAGGUGUGCCAAAUAAAAGCUUAAGUUCUGUGA